UUUUUUUUUUUUUUGCAUGAGAACCGGGGACCCGGUGAUGGCGAGCAGCGGCAGCAGGGGAGCCGCAGCCCCGGCGGCCUCACCGAGCCAGCCGCCCGGGGGGGCACGCGCGGUCGGCGCGCUGUGGGCUUUCGGAAAAUCCCUCGCCGCCGUCCUGCCCGUCUACCUGGCGGGAUAUUACGGCUUCAGCAUCAGCGUGGUGCUGUUCGCGCUGAUGCUCUACAUGGGCUGGAAACACAGCCGCCUGGAGAAAGAGAUGAAGCUGAAGUCUGCCAUGUACCUGCUGGAGAACGACAAGGAGUUCACCACAGAGACGGUCUUCAGAGCCAAGAGGGAUUUACCUCCCUGGGUCAAUUUUCCCGAAGUUGAAAAAGUGGAGUGGCUGAAUAAGGUCCUGCAGCAGGCUUGGCCUUUCGUCGGCCAGUAUCUGGAGAAGCUGCUGGUGGAAACCAUAGCUCCGGCCAUCCGAGCUUCCAGCAUUCAUCUGCAGACUCUCAGCUUUACUAAGGUCAACCUGGGAGAAAAGGCGGUGAAGCUGGUUGGCAUAAAGGCUCACACCGAACAGGAUAAGAGACAAGUCAUGUUGGAUUUGUACCUGAGCUACGCUGGUGACGUCGAGAUCAACGUUGAAAUUAAGAAGUAUUUUUGCAAAGCUGGAGUGAAAGGAGUCCAGCUGCACGGAAAGCUGCGUGUGAUCCUUGAGCCGCUGAUUGGAGACAUGCCGCUGGUCGGAGCUGUUACGAUGUUCUUCAUUCGCAGGCCUAAACUUGACAUUAACUGGACUGGACUCACCAAUCUGUUGGAUAUUCCUGGUCUGAAUGCCAUAUCGGACACCAUGAUAAUGGAUGCGAUAGCGUCCCACCUGGUGCUGCCUAACCGCCUCACCAUCCCUCUGGUGGCUGACCUGCUCGUGGCACAGCUUCGCUCACCUCUCCCAAGGGGAGUUGUUCGUAUUCACCUUCUGGAGGCUGAGAACCUGACUGCUAAGGAUACGGUCAUCAAGGGCCUAAUUGACGGAAAGUCAGACCCGUACGCCGUGCUGCGCGUGGGGACGCAGAUCUUCACUUCUCAUCACGUGGACAGCAACCUGAACCCGCAGUGGAGAGAGAUAUAUGAGGUGAUUGUCCAUGAAGUACCUGGUCAGGAGUUGGAGGUGGAAGUGUUUGACAAAGACCCAGACCAGGAUGACUUCCUGGGGAGGGUCAAAGUUGAUCUUGAUAUUGUGAAGAAGGCCAGAAUUGUGGAUGAUUGGUUCAGUCUGAGCGACGUUCCAUCUGGCAGCGUUCACCUGCGGCUGGAGUGGCUCUCUCUGCUGUCCUCUGCUGACAGACUGAGUGAAGUGAUUCAGAAGAACCAGAACUUGACUGCAAAGACAGCUGAUCCUCCAUCUGCUGCUAUCCUUGCCGUCUAUCUUGACCAAGCCCAUGAGCUGCCUAUGAGGAAAGGGAACAAAGAUCCGAGUCCAAUGGUGCAGAUUUCCAUUCAGGAUACAACUAAAGAAAGCAAGACUUGUUAUGGGACUAACGGCCCYGUGUGGGAGGAUGCUUUCACCUUCUUCAUUCAAGAUCCUCGCAAACAAGAUAUUGACAUUCAGGUGAAGGAUGAUGACCGUUCCUUUUCUUUGGGCAGCCUGACGAUCCCGCUGAGCCGUCUUCUGGAGUCCCCUGAGCUCACUUUGGACCAGUGGUUCCAGCUGGAGAAUUCGGGUCAAGCCAGCCGCAUCUAUAUCAAAAUUGUUCUUAGGAUUUUGUGGCUCAGCGAUGACGCCACUCCCACAACUCCGUCCCCCCGCCCGUCAUCCUCCGGGUCCGGGAUAAGUCAGGGAGAAAUCACAGAUGACCUGAGCUCCACCGGGCCCGGCGGGCUCACUGYGCCUCAGUCAAACCGACCCCAGCACGCCACGCCUGAUCCAGAGUUCGCAACUGAAGGAGUGUUACGGAUCCAUCUGGUGGAGGCCCAGAACCUGAUCGCCAAAGACAACUUCAUGGGGGGCAUGGUGAAAGGGAAGAGCGACCCCUACGUGAAGGUCCGUGUUGCUGGGAUAACUUUCCGCAGCCACACCAUCAAAGAAAACCUGAACCCUGUCUGGAAUGAACUGUUUGAGGUGAUUUUGACCCAGCUUCCUGGUCAGGAGAUUCAGUUUGAGCUGUUUGACAAAGACAUCGAUCAAGACGACUUUCUUGGAAGAUUCAAGCUUAACCUGAGAGACAUCAUCAGCGCACAGUUCCUGGACACGUGGUACAUUUUAAAUGACGUCAAAUCCGGUCGAGUUCACUUGGUGUUAGAGUGGCUGCCCAGAGUCUCCGACCUACUCAGACUGGAGCAGGUCCUGCAGUAUCAGUCGCAGCAGUCGUACCAGAACAAAGUGGUGCCGUCUGCGGCGGUUCUGUUUGUGUACGUGGAGCGGGCCCACGGCCUGCCGUUAAAGAAAAACGGAAAGGAGCCAAAGGCCGGAGCUGAAAUUGUUCUUAAGGGUGUUUCUUACAAAACCAAGAUUUGUGAGAGAUCCACGUCUCCUCGAUGGGAUGAAGGCUUUCACUUCCUGGUUCGUGACCCCAGAGACGAAACGCUCACAGUCAAGCUCUCCCACAGCUGGGGUCAGGCUCUCGGGUCCUUGACUCUCCCUCUGAGGGAGUUGUUGUCUGAGCCAGACUUGGUACUGGAUCGCUGGCUCAGUCUGGAUGGAGCCCUGCCGGAGACCCAGAUACUCCUGAAGGUCGCGCUCAAGAUCUUGGACACUCAGUUAGCRGUGUACCGCGGUGGAGCGGGUGGUGAUAAUCUGGAUGAAGUCGUCCCCAAAUGGGAUCCGUCCCAUCUUGACCUCAAACACAGAAGUGGAUUCUCUAUGGUGGGUGAGAACACAAACRCAGCCGGCCAGGUGAAGCUCAGCAUCGGCUACUCCACAGAGGAAAACAGACUUUUCAUCACCGUCCACUCCUGCAGAGCCCUGGCAGCCUGCUCCAAGGACAGCGCUGACCCGUAUGUUUCCUUCAUCCUGCUGCCGGACAAAAAGGCCACCACCAAGAGACGAACUGCCACCAAGAAGAGGGACCUCAACCCCGAGUUUAACGAGAGGUUUGACUUUGAGUUUUCUUUGGAGGAGGCCAUGCAGAAAAAACUGGACCUGUCUGUGAAGCACAGCGUCUCCUUCAUGAGCAGAGAGAAGGAGCUGAUUGGAAAAAUGCAACUGGAUCUGGACCAAAUUGACCUCAAGAGUGGUGUCGCAAAAUGGUACGAUUUAGUAGCGGAAAGCAGCUAGAAGAACUGAAUCUUCAGUGCUGUAUAUCAUAAACAUUGUGUCGCUUCUGUGAUUCUUGCAGUUGUAUUUUCAGCUUUAAUGAAACAAAUCUCCCACGGAAAAAACAAAAAACAAAAUCCAAAACAUUUUUGCUCCACAAAAACCACAAAUCAUCAGUAUUUAUAAAAAAAAAAGAAGAAACAUAAAUGUAGCUCAGUCUUCAUAAAGCUGUACCAAUCUACCCUGUUUUGGAUAGAUUUAGUUGCUUAGAUAUUUGAUAAACAUGCAACUGUGUUGUAUAAAACCAAGAUUCUGUGUGUUUUAAAGCAUGUAAAUGUCUUCUAUAAAUUAUAUUUAAAAAAAGGCCUCAAUGCUGUGGAAAAAUCUAAAAAUUACUUGUAAUUCAUAGAUUUACAAAACCUCCGAAACAUCUGAAUCUGUUUAAUUUUAUAUUUUAGAGUCUUAAUGAUUCCCAGUUUUACUUGACACGUUUAUAUCAUUGCCUUAAGUGUUACAAAACUGUGCACAAUUUUUCAGUGUUUCUGAAACGCUCUUCAGAUGAAGUAUUUUUAUGUAAGUUUUGAAUGUUACUUUCAGAAAUCAAAGUGUUGCAGAUUUAUAAASCAAUUUUUAAAGCAGCUGAAUGAUACUGUAAACAGAGUCUUAAACACUGUGCUUUACCGGAGACGGAACGUUGCUGCUAUUUGAGCGAAGGAUGCUUCUUUGUGUUUUUAAGUGUUUGUGGUGCUGAAGCGCUCAGCAGUGUCUGUGUUUUCAAACCAAAGCAGUAAUGACCUCAUGAGGGCCAUGCUGGGAAUAAGUUAUUAUACUUUUUCAGGGAUGAAGAGCUGCACUUUGGCACAGUGGUUCUGACCCUUAAAAUACCAGAGGCAAAAGAUUUGUAAGCCUAAAUGUCACUGAAGGCUAAUGCUAAUYCAGUGCAUCAUGACUACACAAACAGCCCCAUCAACUAUUGUAGCAUUUUAUGGCUUUAACAARCUUUAUAUCUCUUAUAACAAUCAUAGCGACAAUUACGACCAGCAAUAAGUUUUAAAACUUAAUUUGUUUUCUGGAAAACAUCCACAAGAACCCCUGGUUAACAUUUUACAGCGACACGCUACGGGGUCCUGAACCCAACUUUAAAGAACCACUGCUUUGACAUCAUUUAAACAUGCCAUUGWGUACCUGCUGCAGUUGUUGAUUAAAGUUUGCACUCAUGUAUGAA